CUAGACAUCCAGCCAAUGUUCUGUGACCUACAUUGAACAAAGAUGAGUGUUUCUUCCAGGAUACUGUAACUAGAGUGUCCAGGUCAGUUCAGACUUGACCAUGGGAGCCAACACUUCAAGCAAAGCACCAGUGUUUGAUGAAAAUGAAGACGUCAACUUUGACCAUUUUGAAAUUUUGCGAGCCAUUGGGAAGGGCAGUUUCGGGAAGGUCUGCAUUGUACAGAAGAAUGAUACCAAGAAGAUGUAUGCCAUGAAGUACAUGAAUAAACAGAAGUGUGUGGAGCGGAAUGAAGUGAGGAAUGUCUUCAAGGAACUCCAGAUCAUGCAGGGCCUGGAACACCCUUUUCUGGUGAAUUUGUGGUAUUCCUUCCAAGAUGAGGAAGACAUGUUCAUGGUGGUGGACCUGCUACUUGGUGGGGACCUGCGUUAUCAUCUGCAGCAGAAUGUCCACUUCCAGGAGGACACAGUGAAGCUCUUCAUCUGUGAGUUGGCCAUGGCCCUGGACUACCUGCAGAGCCAGCGCAUCAUUCACAGGGAUAUGAAACCUGACAAUAUUUUACUUGAUGAACAUGGGCAUGUGCACAUCACAGACUUCAACAUUGCUGCCAUGCUGCCUACGGAGACUCGGAUCACCACUGUAGCUGGCACAAAGCCUUACAUGGCACCGGAGAUGUUCAGCUCCAGGAAAGAAACAGGUUACUCCUUUGCUGUGGACUGGUGGUCCCUCGGGGUGACGGCUUACGAACUGCUGAGAGGCCGGAGACCAUAUCACAUCCGCUCCAGUACUUCCAGCAAGGAAAUUGUGAACAUGUUUGAGACAGCAAUUGUAACUUACCCUUCUGCCUGGUCACAAGAGAUGGUAUCCCUUCUUAAAAAGCUGCUUGAACCUAAUCCAGACCAACGCUUUUCUCACUUGACUGACAUUCAGAAUUUCCCUUACAUGAGUGACAUGAACUGGGAUGCAGUCCUGCAGAAGAGGCUCAUUCCAGGCUUCGUUCCAACUAAAGGCAGGCUCAAUUGUGACCCCACUUUUGAACUCGAAGAAAUGAUUUUGGAGUCCAAACCUCUUCACAAGAAAAAGAAGCGCCUGGCUAAAAAGGAGAAGGAAAUGAGGAAAAGUGACUCCUCUCAGACGUGCCUUCUUCAAGAGCAUCUUGACGCUGUUCAGAAGGAAUUUAUAAUUUUCAACAGAGAAAAAGUAAAAAGAGACUUUAAUCAAAGACAAGCAAAUCUAGCCUUGGAACAAAGCAAAAACAACACAGAAGAGGAGGAUGGCCAGAAUAACAACCUAUAAAAUGGUUUCGAG